UUAGCAGCAAGUUUACAAAAAUGAACAUUUCUCGGGGGAUUCCCCACGUUCUCGGUGUAGUGCUAGUAGUCUGGUUGCAGAUAGCGAAAACAGAAGUUUAUGAAGACUGGGGCCAGGCAUCCGCUGCUGUGCAAUUCAUUGUUGGAGGAGAUAUAGUGAACAAACGUGGCCUCUAUCCUUGGCACGUAGCCAUUCUGCACAAAGCAAAUUAUCAAGGCGGAGGUUCACUCAUCUCGCAGCAGUUUGUUUUGACAGUGACACACGUGACAUAUGAUCAUUUAGGGGAAAUGAUCGACCCAAAGAGCCUGACUAUUAAAGCUGGCAUGAUUAAAUUGACCGAUGAUGCAAAUGCAGAUAGUUAUAAAGUUGCGGAAACUCUUCGUUACCCUGGAUACAACCAGGAAAACCUCAUGCACGAUAUUUGUAUGCUUAAGGUGGACGGAAAAGUUUCGUUUGGUAAAUAUGUAAGACCCAUUUUUCUGUGGGACAAUAGCGACAAAGUCCUCUCCAAACUGGCUGAUGAAAAACAUAAGGCAACCGUCAUUGGUUUUGGAUUAACUGGAGCAGGUAGCAGUAGAAAUAACGAUUUGAGAUCUGCUUCGGUGGCCCCAAUCGGAUCCGAAGACUGCAUUAAAGGUUUCAAAGGUUUCAAAGAAGUAUUAUGGAAGGGUCGGAACUUCUGUGUCAAAGAUGCAGAGGCAACAGUAUGCAGAGGAGAUAGUGGAAGUGGAUUGGUGAACUACGUUCAGCAACGGAAGGCAUACUUCCUCCGAGGCUUAGUCAGUCAAGGGCAUGCAUCUUGCUCGAAGGGUUCUGAAGCAGUAUUCACCGAUGUGGGGCACUAUUUGAAAUGGAUCGAGAAGACUGCUCUGCCAACCAUGUUUAACUUACUGGGGAAUCCUACCUGCGACGGUGUAUCAAAGAACAAACAGUCACAAGUUUCUCUGCCAGGAUUGGUUAAUUUGAAGUAUUCCUUUAGAAAGUCAUUUUUCAUCAGCGAUUGCCACGGAAUAUUGAUAACGAAGAAACAUGUGCUCACUCAAGCCAACUGCGUCGCAUCAAACAGCGUUCGAAAAUUACACUCGGUUGCCACUGGAAGUUCUGUGAUUAAUGAUUAUUCGAAACUUUCUCAACAAUACGCCAUCGAGACGGUUAGUGUGGAGAAAGAGCUGGGUAUAAUAACACUCUCUGAUGAAGUGGCAGAAUCCGAUAAACCUGUUUGCAUUCCAACGCGACCAGAAGAAGGUAAAUUGAGUGUUCUGUUUUGGAAGCGGAAACUAAACCAUCCAAAGUAUGUGCAACAGCUCAGCACCAUUGAUCAGAGUAAACAAAUGGCCAACAUUCGCGAAAUCUUGAGCGUGAAUGUCACCGGUGAUACUGGUAAUCUGAGACUGGGUAGUGCUCCUCUGUUGUACACCGUUGACGAUGAGACCGGAGUACAUCUGUAUCUGAGGGCUUUGGAGAAGUGCUCCAUACAAGGAUGCCCCGAUGGCCAAUCACCAGCAUUUGUCGAUGUGCUGAAAUACAGGCAAUGGAUAAAGGAAAUAGCUGGGCAAUAUAUGAACCAUGAUUUAUUAACUCCCAAAUUAGGGGAUUAAGUAGUGGUGGGUUAAAGUUGUUAAAAGGUUCAAACGAAAUUCCUUUCAAUCGUUCAUAUUAAAAACCGAUCAUAGUUUAUUACGGAAUAAAGAUAAAAAAUCACAAGCACAAAACUGUGCCGUUGAGUU